CUUGUCCGACAGACACAGUGGAAUCUCCCCUAGUUUCUUGUCAAACGUUCAUUGCUUCCUGUUUUAUUUAGACAUAGAAAACCUCUUAUUUCAGAAGCUUCACUUCAUAUUGUCCUCUCUCUGCUGGGAUUUUUGCUGUGUGGUAUUUUUAACUUCUGCUGCAUGUUUUGUGGACUUUUCUUCUGCCCGGUGAUCGCUGGUUACUGCUGCUGCCUGUUUCUCUGUCUGACUGACUGGCUGAGCCUCUGCCUGAUCCCAUCGACUUGCUCUGACUCCAGGUUUGGUGGUUUAGUUCUCCUGUUGUUACAGAAACAUGGCUGUGCGGCUCUUUGAAGGCAAAGAUCAUGCAGCUUCUUACCUGCAGUACAGAGUGGCACCACAAGAACUAAUCAGCAAGAUUAUGGACUAUAUGAAGAAAAAGACACAAAAUCAGUUUAAACUUGCAGUGGAUGUGGGCUGUGGCUCAGGACAGGGGACAAUCCUCUUGGCUCCAUACUUCACCACAGUGGUUGGAACAGACAUCAGCCCUGCUCAGCUGGAGGCAGCAUCAGCCAAUAGUAGACCACCGAAUGUCUCAUACAGAGAGUGUCCGGCAGAGGAGCUGCCAUUUGCAGCUGGAGAGGUGGACCUUGUCACAGCCAUGACAGCAGCCCAUUGGUUCGACCGCCCACGGUUCCUCCAGGAGGCUGAUAGGGUGCUUCGAUCUGGAGGCUGCCUGGCCCUCUUGAGCUACUCCUUAAGCAUGACUCUGGAGUACGGGGACGUCUCUGAUGCGCUCAAUGACAUCUGCAAAGAGUUUUACGCUGCCCUGAUUCCUUAUCGAAGUCCUUAUCUGGGACCCAGCUCCAUGAACAUCUAUCUGGACAUGUUUAACUCCUGCACUUACCAGGACAAAGAGUGGAACGAGUGCUUGCAUGUAAAAAGGACCCUGCCACUGAGAGGAUAUAUCGGCAUGGUGAAGACCUUCUCCAACUACCAGAAACUGAAAGAGAAGGACCCUGCUGAGGCUGAACGUCUCUCCAAUGACAUACAGAACAAGUUGCUGUCUGCCAUGAAGGCUUCCUCUCCUGACACCGAGGUUACAAUGGUUGUUCAUUAUUUUUACUGGCUGGCAUGCAAACCUUGAUGUUUCUGGCUAAAUCUUAGACAGAAAAGUUUCUUGGUCUUUUUUUAAAAUAUUUAAUUAAAUUGUUACU